AUGAGAAUGGCCCUGCAACAAACAGCAGCAGCAGCACCCACAGCUGAGAGCAGCCCCAGCCUCGGCAGCAAGUCGUGGGACUUACUGUACCCCCCGCACGUUUUCGGUGAAGCCGUAAGGCAGAUUCAGGGGUCUCUGCAGGACAGCAAAGCAGGGGCAACAGCAGGAACGGGAACAAUCCAGGAGAAGCAGCAGCAGCAUAUGCUGUCCCAACAGGAACAGCCGCAAAGUCAACUGCUGUUGCAAGCAGCACCUGCCCCGCCACCGACGCCGCUCAGGCGAAAUGAUGAAGGGCAGCAAAGCAGUGAGGGGGAGCGGCCGCUGCCGGAGACAGGCACGCAGCAGCAGCAGAUCCAGCCACAGCAGCAGCAGCUCAUACAGCUACAGCAAGUGCAGCGUUUCCAACUGCAGCUGCAGCAUUGCGUACCACCUAACCCGUCCGAGCUGCAGAGGUCCCCAACCCAUCGGGUGGAUCUUACAAAAGCCAGUACCCCUGGCUGGGGGUCCCCUACCACAUCUGCAGCCCCGCCGGUUGCUGCUGCUUCUGCUUCUCCUACAGCUGCAGCGACAGCAACUGCAACAGCAGUAGACAGUCCGUGCGCUUUAGCCUUUCUGUCUGGCUUGCCUCAUGCCUAUUCGCCUGCGUCUCAGGGGUCGACAGCACCACCGCAAACUCCGCAGGGUGAAUUGGGGUUCGACGCUGCUGCUGCAAGUACCUCCACAGCGCCACCCGCCAAGGAUGGUUCAGCAAAACAAGCGUAUGUACACCCUAAUCAGCAGCAAGCGCUGCAUUUUGUACCGCCACAGCACAACGAAGCGUUCCUUGCCUGUCUUGAGCCCAUUGGAUGGGAACAGCACCAAGGAAGUUCAGCAAGCGCUGCAACAGCAGCAGUUGCCGUGGCAGCAACAACUCAAGAGCAUCAAAACCAAAGCAGCAACGCUUUGGGGCUGCAAGCUGUGGAGGGGCCUACCUCUUGCAACGCCAGUGGCAACUGCAACGAGGCAUCCUGUGGAUCUGCACGCGCGCCUGAAGGGACAACUGUGCCCCCUUCCUGUUCCUCAGCAGUAGCCGUAGUGGAAACCACAAAUCCAGCAGCAUCAACACAAUCCUGGCAAUGCUCCUGGCCAGACGAUCCCCUCAGCCAUUCAAUGUGCCUCAGCGACAGCUUGUCCCUUAGCAGCAGUCUGGUCGAGCCAGCCUGUCUGAGUGACUCCUUUUCAACUGUUGCUUCUGCUGCUUCUACUGGUAGAAGCAGCCAGGGAUCAGUGGGAAAGAACCCUGAAGGGCCCUGCGGCGCCAUACAGGUGCUCCAAUCAGCAGCACCAACGACAGGAGUAGCUCCGCGUUGCGAGAAAGAUGCUGAAGAAGUGCCUUCUCCUGGAGGACUUGAAAGGCACACUGAUUUGCCAGCAGCCACAGUGGCAGACGAAGCUCCUUCUACGCCUGUACCGUCUGUUCCAACGCUCUCUCUUUGGCCAUCUGCGGAGCAGCAACAGCAACAGCGCAUGCAGCAGCAACAGCUCAGGGGGCAGCAACACAUGGUUUGUCCCAUUGAGAGCCAACUCGCCUCAAACUUUGCAUCAUCGGAGGAGCAGCAGCGACAGCAACAGGAAAGAGUUUCAUUCUACAAGGAACUUGCAUCCAAACAAAAACAUUUAAAGCACCAUUUAAUCCCUACAGGUCAGCAGCAGUCCCAGCUAUUGCACCCUUCGACUGAACGUCAAGACCCGGAUCAACUGCAGCAGCACCAGCUGGAUAAUCUGCUGAUGUUCGGGCAGCACAUGCAACGCGAACACAGUAGCACUUGCUGCGCCCAACAAGGGGCAAGCGCCACCAACCCGCAGCAGCAGCAUAAUCAUCAUCAGGGGUGUCUAUGCAAGGGACGAGAGGAGACUGUCAAGCACGUCUCAGUUUCGACUGCAGCUAAGAGGGUCUCUGCGCUUCUGCCGCGCCUUCCCCCAUGCCUACCUAUUUUGACGCCAGGGUUGGAUCGUUCUUGCGAUCGUUCUCACCUUACGUCUUUGCUUAUUACCCUACCCCUGAAUCUCCCUUUUGGCCGCAUUCUGAAGUUUGGCUCUGGAGAGCCCGGUACCGCUGCCAGCGCUGCUGCUUUCGCAAGCAGCAGCAGCAGCCAAAGUCUAGGAGUCAAGAAGAGCUACUACAUCUUCUCACCCACUUUGCAUCCGGCGGCUCAUACGCUAUUCUCCCACGCCGGAGGGAUUUGCGACACCUUUGCGGCUUCCUUGCAGAUGGAAUUGGCAAUUAUUUACGUGCCGUGUCUUCUAGUCCCUCUCGUUGCUGCAGCCUUCAAUACACUGGGGCAGCAGCUGCUGCCGCAGUUGCAUGAGCCCCUCAAACUGCGCUGCUGGGGAUUGCAGGAGCGAAAUGCACCCGGCAGGUUUGGCGGGAAGGUUCUCACCGACGAAGAACGCUCAAAGUUUGAGAAGCUCCAGACCUUUUUGCGCCACCUGGAAAACUACGUGGAGGGACUCUUGAGGAACUACGGGCAGCAGCAGCAGCAACAGGUAGAUGGCAAACGAUUGAGGGUGGGAGAAGGCACGGCAACUCCAAGUGUCACUGCAACUGCCACAACCCAGGGGAAGAAGAACAACAUCUGGCGUUAUUCAAUAGUGAGCACGUCGCGCAGCUCUGAGCAGACGGAGUUAAACAACAACGGUGGCGGCAGCAGUAGUGGAUGCCUGGACCUGACCAUUCGGGCAUUUGAGACCCGGCCUCUGGACAGGCCAGUGAGGGACUUCUCGGGAUAUGCUGUCAAAGGAAUCUGCACCAGCGAGAUCAGGCUUGUUACAACCAAGGCAAUCCAAGGCAUGACAUGCGAGAUAGACCCUCGCUUCCGUCACUACAGCAUUGGGACUCGUCCUAUUCUGAAGGCGCCUUCCGGUGCCCUCUGCCGCCACUGUAUUGCACCGCAACUCUUGCCGGAAGUUUGGGAGGCUCACCUACGAAGCGGGAUUUCUGCAGCCAGGGACCAGCAAAAGAAGCUUACGGAGACGUGCGUCAUCGCGCACAUCGAAAAUAGAUCGCUUGCAAAGAAAGCCGCAUUGCUGGAGUCCCUUGGUCGUCUCGGAGUCCCACUGUGGGUCAACGGAAAGCCCCUCACACACCCAGCGGUGAUACACCCGGCCGUCGUUGCUGCUGAUGGGGAAGCAGCGGCUACGUCUGCACCAGGGGAGAUAGAAGGCGGCGAGAGCAAACCAGCAGAGGUAAUGAAUCCUAGCAUGAAAGCCCAGCAGGAGCAGGUGCUGCAUCAGCUCAGUCUGUUGAGCGUAGACAUUGGUGAAGAGCGGCAAGGCCAGGAACAGCAGCAGUUCAAACUUUGUGGCGCUGUGACCGAGCAGCAGCAGAAACAACAGCAGCAGAAGCAACAGCAGCAGCAAAAUACCAAAACAUCGCGCGGAAGCCGACAACAACGGAGGGGGCAGGUGACUCGUAUGAUGCAGCAGCAACAGACGCAACAGCAGCAGGCCCUGUGUGGUCAGCUAGCGUCAGCAGCUGUCUGCCAAGCGCAGACUGACGAGCGCUUGCUCUCUUCAGGUGCCGUAGCAACAAAUGCCACAUCAGUAUCUCACACCGAAGGAGCAUCGGCAAUCAAUGCUGUUCCUCUUGGGGGACAGCGGACUUCUUCUCACCAGCAAAGGCACCUCCCGAAGGAGAGACUGCCGAUACAGCAGCAGGAACAGUUGCGGCUUCUUUCCAACUCUGCAGCUGAAGAGCAAAUAUUUCAUCUACAACAGCAACAACAGCAAGAGACACGCGGGUCAGGGAGUGACUUUCUUCGGCUGGCUCAAGGGGUGUGGAUGGACAUGCGCCCGAUGCACCAGCAACUGCAACAACAACAGCAACAUCAGCAGCUACAGCAGUUACAGCAACUUCAACAGCUACAGCAGCUGCACAAAGUGCAACAGUUGCACCAUCACGAGAUGCAUCAACAGCAGCAGCGCCUUGGACCUCUAGAGCUGGCUCCUCCAGGGGGAGGGCCUUGUGUCAAAUUUCCAGCAAGCGGCGGCUGGCAACAAGCUCAGCAACAGAGUCCCUUUACAGAAAGCCCAACGCCUGCUGUAGGCCUCGUGCCUUGUGAACUGCAGCAGCAACAGCAGCACGUGCACGAACUGCAGCCGCAGCAACCACCGCAGCAACAAGCGCAGGAGCUAGUGUAUGGCGAAGCUGAAUGCCCCCUAGCUACAGUUGCUUCCUUGCCUGAGAUCAAAGGACGGCUUCCACUACAGCAGCAGCAGCUACAGCAGCUGCAGCAGCUUUGGACGCCUACUGGCUUUACCGAGGCGGCGGCGCAUCAUCAGGGAGAUGAGCGCACGCUGUGGGGGCCUGGCUUCAUCUCGAAUGCCUCCCAGCAGCAGCGGCAACCGCAACAGCAAAAUGUUAUCGCGCUGCACCAGCAUCUUCAGCGCCAGAAGCUCCAGGUUCAACAAGAUAGAUAUCAGCAGACUGCACAGAAGGUUGUGGGACAACAGCAAGGGGCCAAACUGCGUAUGGUAGGUGCGACCUGUCUGGGCGUAGGCCUCCAGCAAUCGCGCAGUUGGGAACAGCAACAGCAGCGCACGCUCCUGAUACCUGGCUCUGAGCAACAGCAGCAACAGCAGGUCAUGUUGCAGCAACAGCAGCAACAGCAGCAGCAGCAACAGCAACAGCAGCAGCAGCAUAACCAGCCACCGCUCUUCUUCCCAGCUGUAUCGCAUGAGGACCUAGUUACAGAAGAGCAGCAGCAGCAGCAGCAGCAGCAGGGCGUCAUGCAGCUGCAGAGAAUGCAGUGGCUGGCCAUUCCGAAUUAA